UUGAUAUAUAGGAGUAUCGCAUAAAGCUAGGGAAUUGAAGUAGUGUUAUUUGUUCAUUAACCAUAUCAUGGCCGCUUCGGCAUUAUUAUCAUCACUUGUUUCCAUUUGUGACAAAUCCUUCGUCAAACCUUCUACUCUCACCCCUUCUACACUUAGACUUCACAAGCUAUCUUUCGUCGAUCAAUCCCUCAGUAAUAUGUACAUUCCUGUGGCCUUUUUUUACCCUAAACCGCAAAGAGAAGAGUCAAACAAUUCUCAACUUUCCCAUAUAGCUGAUUUGUUGCAGACAUCUCUGUCACAAACUCUAGUCUCUUACUAUCUUUACGCAGGAAUAUUGAGAGACAAUGCUACUGUUGAGUGUAAUGACAUGGGAGCUGAGUUCUUGAGUGUUAAAAUAAAUUGUCCUAUGUCUGAAAUCCUUAACCAUCCUCAUGCAACUGAUGCAGAGAGUAUAGUUUUUCCAAAGGACUUGCCUUGGAAGAAUAAUUAUGAAGGUGGUAAUUUACUUGUGGUUCAAUUAAGUAAGUUUGAUUGUGGGGGAAUAGCCAUUAGUGCAUGUUUAUCGCAUAAGAUUGGCGAUGGUUGCUCUGUGAUUAAUUUUCUUAAUCAUUGGGCUAAUGUCACUCGUGAUCGUAGAUUUGUAGUUCCUUCUCCUAGAUUUGUAGGAGAUUCUAUUUUCUCUUCACUAAAUGGUCCUCUUAUUGCUCCACAAAUUAUGUCUAAUGUUAGUGAGUGCGUACAGAAAAGACUCAUUUUUCCAAUCGCCAAAUUGGAUGCUCUUCGUGCUAAGAUAGCAGUUGAAUCAGGAGUAGAGAACCUAACACGGGCUGAAGUUGUCAGUGCACUUAUUUACAAAUCUGCAACAAAGGCAGCAGCAUCAUGUUCUGCAAAUAUACAACCAUCAAAGUUGGUUCACUACUUAAAUGUACGUACAAUGAUCAAACCUCGUCUACCACGACGUGCAAUUGGAAAUCUCUUAUCCGUGUUCUCCACAGCAGCUACGCAAGAUAUUGAGUUGCCAAGAUUGGUUCAUAAUCUAAGGAAGGAAGUUGAGGUAGCGUACAAGAAAGACCAAGUUGAUGAAAAUGAACUGGUUUUAGAAAUAGUAGAUUCCAUGAAAAAAGGAAAAUUACCAUUUGAAGAAAAAGAUGAAAAUUGUACUACUACUACUAUGUAUUUUUGCAGCAACCUUUGCAAAUUCCCAUUCUACAAUGUAGAUUUUGGAUGGGGAAAACCUGAAAGAGUGUAUCUGGGCGAGNAUCAAACCUCGUCUACCACGAAGUGCAAUUGGAAAUCUCUUAUCCGUGUUCUCCACAGCAGCUAUAGUGUAUCUGGGCGAGGCGUGGAGGCGCGAGUGAUGUUGCAGAAACAACAUAUGUCUGCAUUUGAAUGCGAUGAGGAACUCCUUGAGUUUGCCUCCUCCUCAGUUCCAAGUCUUUAAUUACGAGGAGUUUGAAAUCUGCCUUUCUGUUUCGUUGUAUGAUUUUGCAUGUUUAUUUGGUCCCAUAAUAUUAUUACUAAGUGGAAUACGUGCCUUUUAUUUUGUUUACUCGGUUUGUUUGAUUUUUCUGAUAUGUAACUCUCACCCAAUAUAUAAUUUGUAAUUGUAUGUUUCAUCAA